UUUAAGGCUGUCCACGACGUGCCAACUAUAAUAGGUCAAACUGGCAUGUUCGCUUGGUGUGUCGCAUUUCACGGAUAGCCAGCAGGGCUUGUGAGGUAGCGUUACGUACUCAACUUUGUUAGCUAAAAGUAUGAUAUUUGUCGUGAUUUCAUUAUCAGGUGUCAAUUUUCGCUAAAUGACAUAGUUAUAAGCAGUAAAAUGUCAAUUAGCCUUUUACUUUAUACCGGCUAGCGGGCACCGACCCCAAGCCUCGCCGUGCGACUUGCGUGGUACGAUCAUGGCAGCUAAUACUUUCCCAUGUUAAAAUUUCUCUGAUUGUGGUUGCUUUACAUUGCCAAAAUUAAUGUAGAAGUAGUUUAUAUAACUGUACUUCAACUACAGAAGCUGUUGAUGUGGAAACGUCGCAAUUCGUAAAAUUAACCUUUCUGUGACUAAUCGUUGCUUUCUCUUAUCGGUGAUUUCGCGCUAGGGCAUGGCAAGCGUCAUAUUUUAUAAAAAAUAUGAUAUUUUCGAGUUGUGAGUUGUUAAAAUGAGGUUAUUAGAUCAAUGUUCGAAGUGCCGCGUAGCGCGAUCUCAUUUACCUACAAGACGCGAAACGUGCUGAUUCAUUUGCAUAUGGUUACUUGCGUCGUUGAAAAUGUUCAUAAACAGUUUUCCUCGAUGCUUGCUCGAAUGAUCAUUGUUUCCCGUAAACUCCCGGCCCCCGCUUGUAUUGGUGGCCAUAGACGCCCAAACACAAAAAACAGUGGCCAUUACAAGCAUGCUCAUGGGACAAGUCUGUGAUGCAUCCUAGGAAAGUGCAAGCUCAUCACUUGACUGAGCUAAUGUACUGUUUAACUUAAGUUUUAGUCCUGAAAAAGUUGGUUGUUUGAUGAAAAGUGUUGUUAUUAAAUAACAAUGAAAUUUUAGUCAUAAACUUUCCAAGUAAUUAAUUCUUGGCUCUUCACUUGACUAUGGUUGCUUAACAUGCAAUUUUGGUAGUGAUCUAUGCAAAUGAAUGAGCAAAAGAAAGUUAAAUGUGUAAUUAAAAUGAAUAAGUGAGCCAAAAUCUGCUAUACAGAAACAAUUAUGUACAAGCAGAACUAUGACCCAAGAGAAGUGAAUGGAUACUUUCACCAAUCUUGUGACAGAAAACUGUUCGUCGGGGGUCUUUCUUGGGAGACAUCUCAAGAGAAUUUACAACGAUACUUCUCCCGUUACGGCGAUGUGAUCGACUGCGUAGUAAUGAAGAACAGCGAAUCUGGCCGAUCCAGGGGAUUCGGCUUCGUCACCUUCGCUGAGCCAGCACUGGUCAACGUAGUGCUGCAAAAUGGGCCUCAUCAACUUGACGGCAGAACCAUCGAUCCGAAGCCGUGCAAUCCUCGCACGCUUCAGAAACCGAAGCGCGGUGGCGGUUACCCCAAGGUCUUCUUGGGAGGACUUCCAUCCAAUGUCACCGAGACCGAUCUUCGGGUGUUCUUCGGCCGCUAUGGCAAGGUCAUGGAAGUGGUCAUCAUGUACGAUCAAGAAAAGAAGAAAUCCAGAGGCUUUGGAUUCCUGUCUUUCGAGGACGAGAUUUCGGUUGAGAGAGUCACUCAAGAGCAUUUCAUCAAUCUCAAUGGAAAACAGGUGGAGAUCAAGCGCGCCGAGCCACGUGAUGGGUCUGGCAAGCUGGGUUCCGGUGCAAGUGGAAUGGGCGGUGGAGCCCUGAGUGCGCCUGGCGAUGCGCCCCAAGCUGGGCAGUGGGGCCCACCGGCCGCCGCGCCCAUCAACAUGAUCCAGGGCCAUAACGGCCAGAUGGGUGGCCCACCCAUCAACAUGCCUAUGGCUGGCCCCAACAUCAUGCAGGGGUACCAAGGCUGGGGUACAUCCGCGGGUAACGCUUCGUAUGCGGGAUACGGCGCGGCGGGUGCAGGCGCGGGCCCGGGCAACUACCAGGGCUGGGGCGCGCCGCCGGCCCCGCAGGCCCCGCCGCACGCGCCCGCCUGGCCCGCCACCAACAACUACACGCAGCACACGCAGCCGCCCGCGCAGGGGUACGGCAGCUACGCUAACUACAGCUCUGCGCCGGCGGGCGCGUCGGCCGGCGGCAGCUGGACCAACUGGAACAUGCCACAGAACUCCAAUUCUACCGGCUCCGGGUCGUACGUGCCGCUGUCUGAGGGCGGCGAGAUGUACGGUCGCGGCGGCGGCGGUGGCGGCGGCGCCGGCGGGCCCGCGCUGACGGGCGCGCUGUCGUCGGCGGCGCUGUCCAAGUCGUCGUCCGCGGACUACUCCACGUACCAGCAGUACCCGCCCGCCUACCAGCAGGACCAGGGCUCGUCGUACGGCGGCGCCGCGUCGCGCUACACCGCCACCGAGUACCACGGCUCCGCGCCCGCCGCGCAGCCGCCAGGUGAUGACUAUGAAUACACGGGGGGCUCGGGAGACGGCUAUCAACGGUCAUCGAAACGCAGCUACCAUGGGUCAUCGUCAGGCGGAACUGCAUCGGCUUCUUCCUACCACCCCUAUCGACGUUAACGAAUGAGCUGUGCGGCCUCUUUACAGCUCGGAGUGCCUGGUAACACUUGUCAAUGUUUGUUAGUCUACGCGGCCUUAUAUUGCAUUCCGGUACGAUAGUAUAUCUUAUUAUAGAUAGGUUUAUAAAGUUAUUUUUCUCGCAUAGAUAAUACAAUUGUAUGUAAGCGCACUGUCACUAGAUGUCAUAAGAUAGUGCGGACUGAUUUAAUUUUAAUUAACUCACACUUUGGACAUAAAUAUUAACUAAGUGACACGCAGCUGUAUAAAUGAUAUAAAGUUAAUAAGUUUAUGUAAUAUACAAAUUAGGCUAACAGACCACCUCGUGCGAGACUCCGUUUAUUAACAAACAUUGUCUUACAUUUUACUUGUAAAAUAUUAUUAUAUCUCUUUUUCUACGAACGCAAUCAUUGAGUUUGUAAAUUGUUUUUAUUGGAAGCGGUCUAUUAGGGACGCCUGUUACUAGAUCGAUUUAGUUUUUGAGGAAUUUACUUUUGACUUUAAGCAUCUCUUUGACUUGUAUUAAUGGACAUGCAUGUCGCGACAUUAGCGUGAAGUAUCGUCAUGUCGAGCGUCAUGGACUUGACGAUAACUAGAUGAUAUGAAUGAUAAGAGACGUCCCUUUUAGAACAUUUUCCGAAUUAUUAAGUUAGUAGAUUAGUUUUUCUUUUGGAUAUAUUUGUGUAGUGUGGGACUGAUUGGACGCGUGUGUCGAUCCAUCGACCUUUUUUAACUACAAAUUCCAGUUGUAAUAUCAUACUAAGAGUUUAGAACAUUUUACUAUAUAAUGCAAUAGAUUCCAAAUUGUGAUUCUUUAAUGUUUUAUAGUAUAUAACGUAUCCAUUGGCCUUAGUCUCGGAUAAAAGGUAAAUAAAUUGUAAGAGUAUUGUAUCUGUCCCGACUUCUAUACAUUACAUGUAUCUUUCUAACAUUUUACUCGACGUAUUUAGGCAUUCAGCUAUAAUUUUAAGGAACUAAAUAGAUUUUACCACCAUUGUAAAAAUAGUGACUAUUUAAAAAAAUAUUAACAAAAGUACCUUUUCACUCUAGUUGUUAAAUUAAUCCCAAUGAGGACCACUUUUGUAGUAUGAUUACUUAUACCACCGCGGUUAUUGUUCGAAUGAGUUUCAUUUCCUCGUUGUUACAAUAUAAAAUUGACAUAUUUUCGUAAUAUUUACUUUAGAUGUUAGAUAGGGUAGUCAACCAUAUGGAAUGGUUAUAAAAUUUUCAAUGACUUCAAAGAAAUCAUGUUGCUACCUAAUAGGUAUUAUUGUUUAAGAGGCAUUUAUGACAAAAUUUUGCAAAAAUCACUCGAGUAUGUAUGUAUCGCAAUGUAAUUGUCUUGGAUGUUUGAAAAACAUAAUUUCUGAUGCUGUGAUGGAAUUUGAAAUAUCCGCGCCGUUUGGCCUCUGAAAUACUUCCAAUUGUCGGUACUUUUCUCUCUUAAAACGUGUAUGUUCUUAAACUUUAAUAAAAAUACUAUAUAAUUUAA